AUGUUCAAUAUCCCUCCAGACAAGCCGAGGGCUUCUGACUUCAACACAGACUCCUAUGGAUUCAAUAACCAAGGAUGGGCAGCUUUCGAUUUCGGCCAAGGCACGCCCUCGUCGGAUAUCGCGCCAGGGCACAACCACGAUACUCGCCAGUCAUUCAAUGAUGUUGGAGGAAUGGAAUGGGCCCCAACGCCGUCCGAUGUUCAAUCCAACUAUCACCAUGGCCACCAAGGACACCAAGACCACAACGGCGACACUGAGAUGGAACUUGAAGCCCUAGGCUCAGCUCAACAUGGCGGAGGUGUCGGGCGUUUAGUCGCUCAUUUCGAAAACAAGGGAUUCAAUCCAUUCGAGAACAAGUCUUUCGCGCCGGCACCACCUCUUCCGCCCCGACCUAUCAACACCACGGUGAACAAUCAAAGCCAUCAUCAGGCACAUCACCAGGAUGCGCAGAGUCCGUCAAUUAGCAUGAACAGUUUUCAGGCCAGCCUUAGUUUCGAUCCUUUGCCAUAUUGCGGAAAUGGUGUCAGUGGUGGUGCUGGUACCUCGGCCUUCAACCCAAACAGAAUUGCAAGCCCAGUUACCAGUCCCGGGGAGAAUUGGGGAUCUUUUACCUCGCUGCAAAGGGUAACAAGCCCCAUAGCUACCAGCCCGCCUGCGAUGUCAUACGAGAGUUUCCACGACAGCAGAGUAGCGAGUCCAGGUUUGGGGUCCUCCACCGGGCAAUUCGGGAACUUGGAUGACUUCAUGUCUGUAAAUCGUAUGCAGAGCCCCAUGGCGCAUUCGCCAAUGCCCAAUUCACAUGUGGCAUCCUCUCCUAUGAUGGCAUCGCCAAUGGCCCAGACUCUUUCGCAUCAGAAUGCAACCCCCGUUGGCGGUACUCCUGGCUUUGAGAUAUGGCGCCCUCCUGGAACCGCUGCAGCCUCCUCUUCCAACAAAAUGAACCCAUCUCCACCUAACAACUUCACUACGUCUGCUUCCGCCAGCAACCCUUUCAGCACCAACGGCAGUACUCAUAACACCAUUUCUCCCAACAACCACAACAACCAGAGCAAUACUAACAGCGCUGGAUUCUUCAAACCCCCUGUACCAACAACCCCCAAACCUAAUAUCAGUGUUGGCAAUCAAUUCAUUUUAGAAUUGAACCCGACCGCCAAGGCAAAGGGAAAGGCGCCGGCGAAACCGCCUCGUCCUCGUGUACCUCCCCCAGUUCCGACUCCCUUUGCAGCGGAGGUCAAACAAGAACCGGCGACACCCAAACCAUCUGAAAUGCCCGCAAUAUCAUCCUCCACACCAGCUCCGCUAACACCAUCAAUACCUUUAUCGGAUCAAAAGCCUGGAUCGAUUUCUCUUCGAGGCCAAGCUGGAACUCGACCGUCACGGGAACAGGUUCCUGCUGAGGCUUGGGAGCAGUUUAAAGGAACAAUCCGGUCGUUGUAUCUGGAGGAGAGAAAACCAUUGAAGGAAGUCAUGUCUAUCAUGGCAGAGAAAUAUAACUUCCAAGCAACGCCAAAAAUGUACAAGACUAGAUUCUCUCAGUGGGGGUUCGUCAAGAACAAUACUGAGGAAGAAGUCAAGAGGCUGCUGUCCAUGAAAUUUCAGCGUGAUGCAGAGGGCAAGGUGUCUGAAUUUGUUCGCAAUGGCAGAGUCGUGAAUCUCGGCACUUACCUGAAGAGAAAAGGCGUAACUGAGUAUGACCUGGUUGAUUUUGAGCUGUCUGCCGAUCUUCCAGCGCAUGUACGAUGUCGAACCCCAACGCCACCGCCGGCGCCUGGAUACCUCCGAUCUCCCGACCUGCUUCGCGCGCAGGAGCUUGUUGUCGGCAACAUGAGAAAAGCGUUUUUGCAUUGUCGCCAAUUCGAAGUCGAGACCGAUGCUCGCAUCGGCUGGCCCAUCACUAUGGUAUGGGGCGCUGGGUCCAGUGAUUUGCUCUUGGAAGCCAACUUUUACUUCGAAGCACGAGACGCAGACCAGGGCGGCGACUUUUUAAUGAAAGCUUUCAAGCAGCUCGAGCUUGACUUGAAGAAGCUCUCUCCAUUAGGAAUCAACGAGCUUCUGCUCGGCAUGGUACAUCGAGAUCCUGGCAUGAUGACUGCACUCUGCAAAUAUCUGGCCGCAUAUUCCUCAACUAAUUUUGAGCGAUCGCAUCCUCUCCGGCAAAUAUUCGCUUGCUUGUACGAGGUUCAGCAGAAGCAUGGUUCAACGACAGUGUCAGAAUUACUAUGGGGAAGCAUACCGACGAUUGCAGAGGAAUUAGAAGCGAUCUACAGCCGCCGUCACCCCUAUGUCGCGAGGACCUGGGUAGAUCUUGCCCUGUUUUAUAAUCAUAUCAAUGCUGAACGCCUCGAAAAACUGGUCUCUGAACUGCGACUCCAGCAGCGGCAAGUUGAGCAAAGGUACGGCUUGAACAGCGCCGACGCCCUCACCCUGCGAUACUCAAUUCUGCAGUUGCUGUAUGUGAUAAAUCCUCAGUCAGACAUGACUAGGCACGCCGCACACGACAUGUGGAAUAAUCUGAAGAGCAUGGGUGUGGUAUUUGGACUUCGAGACGCGAAACCAAAUGUCUUUUGCUACCACAGCCCGGUCAAAGUGGACCCUUGGACCAAGAGAUGCCGGCGACGAUACGAUUCUGGUGUUGCUAUUUUGGAAGAGCAUGUCGGUGUCAGGAUUCAGCCAUACUUCGAAGAGGACUUCCACCAUGCUGUGCAUGUUCCUGACGCCCAAGAGGCAUGGUCUUCGGCUCUGGAUCAUAUGGGGUCGGCUAAAUACGCGUUUCUCUGA